AUGACUUCCUUUCUACCGGUCAACAAUUCAUCGUCGCCGCAAACCCGCAUGAUGGAGGAGGCGACAACACCAGCAACACCCCGACCAUACGCCAACAACGUGUCAGCGGCGGAAGACACCACCCCACACACGAUGAGCGCUGCUUCGGAAGAUAGUACCCCCCGGAAUGUGCAACACACCCAGAACGACUCGACAACUCGGACAAGAACCGCGUCAGGGCAUAACGGGACGUCACAUGGCGAUUCGGAUGCGGAACGGGACGGCUCUGAUCACGAGACGGAACCUGGAGGCAACGCUCCUCCUUCGAAGAAGAAGAAAGGCCAACGGUUCUAUUGCACCGAUUUCCCCCCAUGCAAUCUGAGUUUUACGAGGAGCGAGCAUUUAGCCAGACAUAUCCGGAAACAUACCGGAGAGCGCCCGUUUCAAUGUCACUGUUCGAGGCGGUUUUCACGACUCGACAACCUGCGUCAACAUGCGCAGACCGUCCAUGUCAACGAGGAGAUACCUGGGGAUUCGCUGGCGGCCACGGGAACCCGGUUUCAGCGCCAGAUUCGCACCGAUCGAGUUCGCCCUCAAGGUCGAGCCAGAGCAGGCACCGGAGGUAGCCAGGGUACGCACAGUCGCGGUCAUAGUCGAAACUUGUCAACAUCAAGUAUCGCAUCGACCACGUCAACGUACAGCCAGCCGCCGGAUUUUCGCCGACGGCCCCCGCCUUUGAUCAUGGCCAACGAUGGCAGCGCGAGAGCUCGACUCUCGCUGGAUACGAUGGGGGAUAUGCCCACGACGCCACCGGGCCAAGGGCGCGGCAUGCCGGGCCCCGCUAUCGCGGGCGGAUCUCCAUACACACCGUCUCAUUUCUUUGCAGCCGGGGGGAAUGGAAGCCCUCACAUGGCGUCUGCCGUGCCUGCUGCGCCACACAUGUCGGGUUUCUGGGAUGGAAAGACUGCAGCCCGACGUCUCUCGGUACCCACCGGGGCCAACCCUUUCAUCACACAGCAACCGAACAACUACCCUCCCAGUAUCGUCACUACCGCGACUCCCACCACCGCAGCAUAUCCUCCACCGGGCGGGGUCUUCGCAAGCCCGGCAAGCUCCACCCGCUCUUUCUCGAGAGAUGAGGCGGCAUACAGUACUGCUGAUGCAGAUCUACGGAGACGGACCUGGCAUCCCUCGACCUACUCCGCACUUCCCCGACCUGGUACUAGUGGCUUAUCACACUACCAGACCCCCGACACUGUUCCAGCACCAAUUAGCUCAAGCGGUUCAACGGAGCAGCAUACCCGGCUGCCGGGCAUCGAAAGCUUUGAUAAAGUUGUAUCACACCAGAGACCUCUAACCCCUCCUGUUCGGAGGCCGAGUCCCAUGCAGAUUGAUAACCACGGCAAGCCAUCCCCGAGUUAUACUCUUGGAGGGGGUUUCAACUAUGCCGCACCCACGAACCGACCAGCUCCUCCGAUUUCUGGCCCAGGUCAUCGGCGCGGCCAUGUCUCCUGGGACAUGUCACUCCAUACCAAUCUCACCGGGUUACACAUCAGGGAUAAACCCCAACCCCGAGACGCCUCGCACUGGAGCCAGCAGACGAUUGCGGAGAUACAGAAUGUGUCGUCACGUCCCUCUUCGUCAUACCAGCAACAAGUCCAGGAAUCGCGAGGGAUCACUGGACAUUCGGCCUAUGACAAAAUGCCGGGUUGGUAUGGAAGUAACACCUCGGGGUCGCAGGCGACACGAACGUCGCCUGAAGAUUCCAGCAGCAGCGAGGGUGUCCACACUCCCUCCACGGCAUCGCUGGAGUAUCACCCUGCAAUCGUGCACAACAACGGCUAUAUCGAGUCCCACCAGCCCUCCAUAGCCUCCGAUACGUCUCAUUCAGUACGCCCCCCGCUACCUGGACCCUCGAUGACCGGCCAGAAUCGCUAA